UAAUCUCAAACGAAAACGUAACUUAAUAUAACCUCUACAGAUAGAUCUUGCUUCUCUCGUUACGGCGUUAGAAAGUCACCGGGGCGAAUCUAUAAGUAUAUUAUAUCUAUGGUUGUGUAUGCAAUACGACAUAAUCGAUUUCACAUGUUUCGAACGAAUGAAAUGUAUCGUCAUGUGUUAUUUUAAGUAUUAAUUAUUUUCAAGUGUUAGAUUUAAAGAUAAUGAAAAAUCAAUCUACACAUAUAUCAUAACAAACGCUAGUUCAAUAAUGGCAACGUAUCAUCUAUUAUCGUGGGGUGCUAAUUCUCAUGGACAAUUAGGACAUGGUAUAAGAUCGGAGCAAUGCGUUCUUCCACAAGAAAUUGAUUUAUCGUCGUAUUCCUUUAAAGCAGAAGAUAUUCGAAAGAUCGUUGGCGGUGCUGGGCAUUCAUUGAUUUUGGAUAAAAAUGGACACGUUUAUUCUUGCGGAUGGAAUAAUAAAGGACAAUUAGGUCAACCGGAAAAGGAAGAUAAAUUAAAUUUCGAAAGAGUACGCGGAGUUUUAGAAAAUGAAGUCAUCGUUGACAUCGCUUGUGGAUGGGAUUCUUCGGCAGCAUUGACAAACGAAGGAAAAUUAUAUAUGUGGGGUUCAAAUAGUUUUGGACAAUUAGGAAUAGAUCCUUUUGAGCUCCGUCAUUCUUACGAACCCAUCGAAACGAUACCUUGCGAAAAUAUUGAACAAAUAGCGAUGGGCUUAAGGCACACCGCUGUAAUAACUCAAGAUCAUCGAAUUCUUGUGUGCGGUGCAGCUAACAAAGGACAAUUAGGUCUUAAGAACGAUUUCAAUGAUGACAUAGAAAAGAAAAGCAAACAUAACUAUUGUCCUUUUACAUAUGUUUCAGAAUUGAAAAAUUCGAUGAGUGUUUCAUGUGGACAACAUCAUACCGUGGUAGUUACAGACAAAGCAGAGGUAUAUGUCUUUGGUGCAAAUAAUUAUGGACAAUUGGGUAUUGAUAAUGAGCUUUUUCCAACUAUUUCUAUGCCAACAAAAUUGACAAAUGUGCAUUUUAAUCUGCCAAUAGAGACGCACACAGGAUGGACGCAUACGAUUAUUUUAACCGAUAAUCGGCUCUUCGCUUGGGGCAGAAAUACCUAUGGUCAAUUAGGGCAAGAAAAAAGAGCUGUACUUUGGAAGCCAGAUCUAAUAGAAAACAUACCUAAAAUAAAUCAACUUUCAAUUGGUUCACAGCACAAUUUAGCUCUUACUGGUAAUCAAAGAUAUAUACCAUUUUAUCUUAUAAAAUUGACCUUGAUAUUUUAUACAGAUGAAAAAACUGUAUUAUGCUGGGGUUGGAACGAGCAUGGAAAUUGUGGAACCGGGGACAUUUUCGAUGUACUAUUACCAAAACCCGUUUCGUUACCGCUGCAUUCAAAAGGAAUCUUGAUUGGUACCGGUGCAGGACACUCGUUCGCUGUGAUAAGAAAAGAAAAUUGUUGACAUACUCGUAUUACUAAUACAAUAUACGUAUGUGUAUAUAUAUAUAUAUAU